ACAUCGGUACGUGAUUGUGUAGGGGUGUCUGUGUGCAUUCCAUCACAUUGCCUGUUAGACAGACCAGAUAGACACAGCCAGUGGUGGUGUACAGCCUCAGCCAAGCAACAAAUAAGCCCAGUGCCCGUAAGCCUUCACCACUGCUACGGCUGCUGAUGGUGGUGUAUCAUAAUCUUGGUGCGAUCUUGGAUCUUCUUACGCGUCGCAACGUGCGCGAAUGAGUCAUCGACGACCGCAUCGCAUCAGUUUGUUUCGGUGAUCGCCAUCAUCAUUCGCCCAUUUGAUUUCACCUGAAGCCUUAGCCAUUGGUCCAGGAAGUGUUUGCAGUGAUCCGUUGUGAAGUGACAGUGCCCGUGUACAGUUCGUGUGUGCGUGCGUGUGUUAAGUAAAGGAAAAGCAAUGAGAUCCGGUUGCUCGAGCCCGAGAGAGAUGCUGCUGCUGCUUGCACUGGCCACCCUCGGGACCAUUCCGGCCACCCUGGGGUGUGAUUCUGCCUGCGAUCGGUACCAGUACUGUGACGAGAGCAACAAUAGCUGCCGCAACUGCAGCGUGCUGUGCGCGAAAGACGAGUACAGCUGCUUCCACAAGUGCCAAAAUUACCUGUUCAAGUCUCUCCGAGAGCGUACCACCGCCCUGGAAUCGGUCGUUGGCAUCUACAACACGGUGGCCUGUAUAGUGCUCGCGCUAGCCUGCGUCACAAUCGUGCUGCUGAGCUACCGGUACCGGGGCGCAAUACGCGAGUUUUGCCGCCUGCCACAGCUGAACAAGAAGGAACAGGGUCCCGUUGGGUACACGCACGAAAACCCGAACACCAAGAGCCCCAAAGCGGUGCCGAAGAAUGGGGCGAACGCGGCCAAACCACCGGCCUCCACCACCGUCAGCAUCUAUCCGGAAACGGAGGCGGACAAUUCGGUGCAGACGGGGACGACCUCGAUCAGCCACCGGUAUCCGGCGGAAGAUUCGACGGAAAGCUACUCGUACGAUAAUGCUGCCUGCAACGUGACGCCUACCAGCCAGAACCCGAUGCCGAAGUAUUGAGACCCUGUUGGGAGCGCAUCCUUCCAAGGGAUCGUGGCUACGCUUUCAUUUAAAUCUUCCAAGUUUCCUUUUCCUUAUGCAGUUCCGACCGGUGGAACUACUCUAGUCUAGCUUUGCGUGUCUUUGAAUGCAACGUGUACUUCAACGUGUUUGCUUCCUUUGUUUUCUAAAAGAUUUGUGCUGAAAAAGAAGAUAUUUUCAGUAGGAGUUCAUUAAAGGCCAUGCCUCUGAUCAGAUAUUACACUGUAAGUUAGCCGCUAGUUAAGAUAGGUGGAAAGAUUCCUUCUUUUAGAAUACGUUUAGAUCUUCAACGCAAGCACACACUACACGUGCCUGAAUAUGAACAAGUUACUUAAAAUGAUUGAUUUAUGUAGACGUUUAUACGCUAUUUUAAGUAUUUCUACUUACACAGACAGACCAUGAACGCUCUGUUUUCGAAUGGUCAAAUCACUCACCAGGAAGAAAGGAUCUUUUUCUCAAUAUCAGUAUUUGAAAACAUCACAAUUUUAUGUUUUUUAGAAUUUAUUUUCAUUCACUCUGUUCUAUCGUUUCAUCUUGUCACAUGCUUGUCCAUGGAAAUCGUUUGCCUUCUUGUUUUUUAAAGAGAAAAUCCGUCCUAUAUUGUAAUUGAUGCUAAGGCUUUCUCGGUUUAGCCUACUUAGACUAGUACACUAAGUGAUGAGUGAGUGUGUAUGGAUGUGUGUAUGUACCGCGAGAAAUUGCAUUAAAGUAUGUGUGUGUGUACGCGCGUCUCACAGCUUCGAUGCACAUAGCUGCUCGAGCCAAGAAA